AUGACCAACCCAGACCCAUUCCAAAACGGCAACGACACCAACGCCCUCCCCUUCCUCUCCCCCCGCCAGGGGUGGGACGAAGACCCCAUAGCCACCUGCUACCUCCGCGCGCUCAACCAGGAGAUCCGGGCCAGGAAAAGCGAUUACGAUCUCGCCUGUUCGUCUCACACAUAUAUCAAAAUGGCGGUGUUGAGUUUGAGAUCGUAUCUCCAGGAGUGGGAGGAGUUGAUGGGGGAGAUUAUAGGGUUUUCUAACUCGGAGACCGAGAGAGAGCUGGUGAGCUCUGAGGGAGUGGACUAUGAGAGACUGAAAGAGUUGGAUGAGUAUAGAGAGGUUUUAAAGUUAAUGGAUACGCCAUUCCGUCCCCUCAACCGUCUGGACAGCCAGGACUUACCGCAGUUACUCCCUUCUGUAUCUCUCUCUAGCAGAGACGAUGUUGCAUUUGAUGUCUCCUGGUUCGAAAGUAGCUAG